UGAUUGCAGACGAAUGCGACCGCUUCUCGACGAUAGAAGAUCACGUGAUAAUAUUUCGGUUCGCAGCAGGACGGAAGGAAAUGUCUUUACUGUAGCUGCUCUGUGGUUUUGAUGUGUCUCAGCAUCCUUCGGAAAGUUUUCAUAAUAUCACCGAGCCUGCAGCCAUGCAGCAGGAGCUUCUUUUCAAAGUCCUGGUCAUCGGAGACUUAGGAGUGGGGAAGACGUCCAUAAUCAAGCGGUAUGUGCAUCAGAUCUUCUCCCAGCACUACCGAGCCACCAUUGGGGUGGACUUCGCCCUGAAGGUGUUGCAGUGGGACAGUAACACUGUGAUCCGGCUACAGCUGUGGGAUAUUGCAGGACAGGAGCGGUACGGGAACAUGACUCGUGUCUAUUACCGGGAGGCGGUGGGAGCACUGGUGGUGUUUGACGUGACGAGGGCCUCCACGUUCGACGCCGUGCUGAAGUGGAAGGAUGACCUGGACUCCAAGGUGACACUGAACCAUGGGAGGCCAGUUCCAGCUGUACUCUUGGCCAACAAGUCAGACCAGCUGGUUUCCCAGCAGCCCAAACUCGACGUCUUUUGUAGGGAGAACGGCUUCGUCGGAUGGUUUGAGACUUCUGCAAAGGAAAACACAAACAUUGAGGAGGCAGCCCGCUGCUUGGUAGAGCACAUUCUGAGAAACGAGGAGAGUCUAGUGACUGAGCGAGAACCUGGUUCGCUCAUCCUGUCUGGAUGCGCUACGACAUCACAGCAGCAUCUUGGCUGCUCCUCGUGUUCAAAAUGGUAAUGUCUGACAUCAACAGGUGACCAAGACGGGAAGGCCACGAGAAAUGUUUGACUCAGGGACCGCUUUGAGAAAAAUUCUGGCUCAGAGUGAUAGAUUUGAUUUUAAAAACAUCUUAAAAGUGUUUAAAGUCUUUGAAGUUCU